UUUCUUCACGCUUCACUUUUUCAGCGAGAAAAAUUCGCAAACGACGCCGCGUUGAAACGAUUUUUCAAAGUAUUCCCGCUUCCCUCGUGCACGUGCUUCGCCGCCGAUCGAUGCAAGACCUCGUGGUUCGUUCGGCGACGGCUCUCGGCCGACUGAGUCCUCCGAGCAGCAUUCGUACACCAGGUAUGGCGAUGACAUUGCAUCGGUUGCAAGGGCCUGCGACAACUGGUGGCGGUUUCGGUACUAUUUUUCGCGUCACUGCGAAGAAUGUCAAAAGCUGUGGAAGCGCGAGGACUAAAAGUGUCAAAAAUAUGCUGUCCGAAGAGGAACUUUGCUGGACCCAGGUUUGCAGUCGACGAAAAGAUGGCGUUUUCUGCUUUACCGACCGUUGCAUCGAUCACUCUUUUCCAGCGAGCAUAUUCGCGUAGCGGCAUCUAACGCGAAUACGAAAAAUGAUUAGCACGUGCGCUGCGUCGGUAAUGAACUAUUCUUCAAAUUUGUUCAAACGACGAAAUUUCGUAUUCGUCUAAUCAGGAUUGGGACUCAACAGCACUUAGUGUCACUCGCGAUAAAUAUUUUUGAGAAUCUAUUUUUAGACGAAUUUUCAAAUACAAAUAAUUCCAGAGACAAUUUUCUCGUACGAGUCAGGAUGGCCGAGCGGUCUAAGGCGCUGCGUUCAGGUCGCAGUCCACUUCUGUGGGCGUGGGUUCGAAUCCCACUUCUGACAAACCUUUUUGCGUUGAUUAUGAGCCAUUCGAUGCACUUCGUAAUUCAAUUAAACUCAUCGACGUUCGAGAAAUUUCUAUUCAAAUUAAUUCCUCUAAAAAAAAUCGAAAAAAUGUUUUUUUCUUCUUAAUUUUAGCUUGAAAUUAAAAAAACCUUUUUCUCUAUGAUACACUGCUUACAACUAAACCAAAAAAAUGUACAAUAAAGCAGCAAUAAUGGAAGCAUUUGUGCCAAAAAAAAGCGAAGAAUCAUGAACAGCAUCGUUAUUCGUCAUUAAUCGAGACCUGCUUUUGCUCGAUAACAACCGUCAAAGUGUUGAAUUAACGUGAAGUUUCGUGUUGAAAGAUGCUCAAAAAAGUUGGCAACGCUCGAACGUCAUAUUUACUCGAUCUUUACGAGUCGCUAAGCGAUCCUUUUAUUUUCAGCAUUUAAUUAUGAGAGCAGUAAUAAAAAUAAUCCUACAUCGGUGCACGAAUAGUUAGCUAGAAGUGAGCACAGGAUCGAAACCACCCUCGGGGAUCGUAAUAUUGUUUACAAUGCUCGUGGGCUACAUAAGUAGCAAAAACCAUCAUAUGCCAUACGGCACAUAGCGGUUCGCUUGCGUGCUGAUGUUCCGAUAACUGAGAGACCAUGUACCAGUAUCUCGACGAUAUAAAUGUGUACGUAUGGGCCACUCUCAUUCUGAGGGGUCUGGAGUUGUGUCAAAUAUUCUGUAACAAGUUGAAAAAUCAUGUAAUCGUUUCUGGAAUAAUAGACGAA